CUCAAAAUCGUCUUCUUUGAUUUCCUUGCAGAUCCCACAACCGUCCUCGGCGCCACCGGCAGUUGUUGACCGUCUUAGAACCGUUCAGUCUACUUGUAUGAGAAUUCCUUCGCUUGUAUGGGUCGGAGCGCCGGAAGGUUCCUGGUCUUAUUGCUGUCGAUUGGGAAACUCGCACGCCUUGGAUGGACCUUUUAGAAAAUAUCCACGAACACUAUUCUCUUGCACAUACUUCUCUUCAACCACAUCAUCUAUCACAAGUUCAUGAUCUCCUGGCCAGGGUAUUUUGGGAUGGGAUCAACAAGCGUUAUACCGCCAUAACCGCCUACGGUCAUCUGGGGUUUGGCGUAGCACUUCUGAGUUCUCCCCAAGAAACCAACAUCGGGUACCUCGCUGACCGCGCAGGCUGGGAAAGCCCGCAAAUAGCCACAAGUCUCCUUUAUCACUUGUCCUCGCUCAAUCCGCAUCGAGACACCACCUUGUACGUUUCAGCCAAUAAUCCGGCCGCGGUAAUUUUUUUUCCUUUGGGUUUGCACUUACUAUCCACCCACUAGCUAUCAUACAAUCGCUUCGGGUUCAAAGCAGAAGAGUUCACGGUAGGAUGGAUUGUAUGAGGACUACUUCAGUUCGCAGCCGCGUGCCUCGAUGAACGCCUUCAGGUUACGUCUUUGGAGAUGAUGGGUGGUAUUAA